AUGCCUAUGCGCCAUGCCCAGAGGACACAUAUCAUAUACUCUCUUAAUUCCCUGCUAUAUCAGCUGCACACCGUCUCCUUCCUCCUCUCACCACGCAUAUGGGCGUACGUCUGUCGUGUGCUCGUCCAGUUCCAGUUUUCGAGGCCGCGGGAUAUCGACCCCCAACGCUCACUCCGAUUCUGGAUCUUCUGCAUACUGUCCACCAACGUCCCCUCCAUCUACAAUCAUGCCGCGAAGAGCCCAGCGGCGGGGCGGUCGCUCAUCCUCGAUUUCGUUGGACUCGACAGCGUUCCCUCGAGGACCUUCCUCUUGUUGUUUGACUUGGUCAUUAUACUCCUGCAGAUUAUCCUCACUACGAUCGCGUACGAAACGUCACUUGCGCGCGACGUGCCGCCCGAUACCCCGGACCCCCUUCAACCCGAACCGAUACCCACGACGCCUAUAUCUUUCAUCCCACGGGGCGACAGCGACUCCAAAUCCUCCAACUCAAUAUCGCAUGAGAGCGAGACGGAGUACAUCAUGGACCUCCGGCUACGGACACUCUUGCAGCGUCUGAGACAUCCGCCACCCGUGCCCCCACCUCCGCCAACCAGGACUGCUGAAGACCUCCUUCCACUCCCCAACACCUCUCCGUUUCAACUGUCCCAGGGUAUACGGAUGCUUGCGCGUGCCACAGCUCGGGGCCGCGAACGCGCCGCUGCACGGCGGCCUGAGUCAGCCCAAGACGGCGCCCCGAGGGGGCAGAGGGGGAGGGAUUCGGAUAGGACAGGACAAGAGUCUGUGGAGUCUAGGAGAGUACCGGGAGGUCUGGCGUCGGACGAUGAGGUGUAAGCAUGUGGACUCCGCACUACCGUAUCGAUCUUGUUGCUAGCGUUGGCCGGUGGACAUAAUUGUACAGUAUGCGCGAUGGCUGGGCGAGGUCACCACUUCCG